GUGGGCGGAGUCAGGGGCGUAAAUAGUCUGAAUCUAGUCUUAGAUUUUGUUUUCUUCUCCGUUUGGUUCAAACCUUCGUGCAUUUUCAUUUUUAUUUGACAAAUUGGGCGUAUAUACAUUCAUGAUUUGGAUACAGUCUUUAUAAUGUGGUAUUUAUUUGUAAAUAUUGCGCCACUGCAACAAAGUAGGCUACUUUGAUCAGUAAAUCCUGUUAGCUUUUUGAUUUGUUAACAUCGACGGGUUAAAAUCAAGAGUAUAAAUGCGCCAAACUUGGAAGAAUUGUUCUGCAAAUCCAAACAAAGAGGUGUUUGUGUCAUUGGGGAAGCCUGGCCUGCUUCAAGGUACCAAUGAAGAACCCAGCUUUUGCCGAGAACCGACGGCUGGUUGGAUUGUUGGAGGAUGCACUGGCCCGAGAGCUGCGCCUUUGGAAGGUCCCCGUCUUCAAAAGUGAUCGGAUUCAGGGUACUGACAUUUCCUCAUUUCAAUACCAAGAUGUGAUCCUCUGGUUGGGGGAGAGGAGCAGACUGUUUAAGCUCUGCCCAGAAACCUUUGCUCUUGGAGUAUGUGUUCUGAACAGACUUCUGGCUACAGUCAAGGCUCAGCUCAAGUAUCUGAAGUGUAUUGCCUUCACUUCACUCAUCCUGGCUGCCAAGAUCAAUGAGGAGGAUGAAGUGAUUGGGUCUGUGAAGGACCUCGUUGUGCAGAGCGGAUGCAACUUUUCAACUGCAGAGAUUCUUCGCAUGGAGAGGAUCAUACUAGACAAGCUGCACUGGGACCUGUACACCGCCACUGCCGUUGACUUCAUCAACAUUUUCCACGCCCUGCUGAUCUCCAGCCACCCGCAUUUGGACGCCGGCGCGAGCGGGGCCGCUCAGAAGAGACCCUGCCUCCAGGUGGCGCUGUGGACCAGGCAGGUGCAGCACUGCAUGGCGUGCCACCAGCUGUGGCAGUUCAGGGGCUCCACGCUUGCCUUGGCCAUCAUCACCUUGGAGCUGGAGACGCUCACGCCUGAUUGGUUCUCCGUCUUCACAGACCUGUUGAAAAAGGCACAGAUCCCAAGUGCUGAGUUCAUCCACUGCAAGGAAAUGGUUGACGAGUACCUGACCAGCCUGGAGUUCUCCCUGCCACCCAACGCCGUCUACAUAUUCGACAGCACCAAUGUGACCAAGCUCCAGGAUGAGGAGGAGGGGGGAGGAGGCGUGUGGGGCCCAGGAGCCUUGCUGACACCCGCCAGGGGGAGUGGAGGUGAGGGGGACACAGACGAGUUCUACGAUGGGUUUGGGUGUCUGUACAAUGAGGCCUUGGAGGCUGGAGGCGGUGAUAUGGAGGGUCAGGUCCAGAAGAAUGUGUCCCCCUGCCCGCCUCUGCACCCCCCUGGCAACUAGCUAGCCAGCAAGGGAGGGACGGAGGUUCCUUUUCUAUAUGGGGAGAUUGACCAAGAGUACCUUUUGUGUCGUCUUUCUCAUGACUUACUCAGCACUUUGGUAUUGACGGUAGCUUUUUUUUUUAUAUAUAUGCAUACUUUUAUAUAAUUAUAUUUUUCAAGACCCUUUUAUUUUAAUUGUUACAUAUUUUUUAUUAGAUGUGUGUUUACUACUUAUUCAAGAAUGCUUUAAUCUCAAAUGACUAAAUGCUGCAAAUAUUUUUUACGUUCAAAAAGGCUUUAGAAAUUUGUGGAUUAUUUGUUUUAAAGGUCAUCUCAGAUGAAGUGCAGUUUUGACAUUCUUCUGUGCCUGUCACGUUCAACGUAUAGUUAAACAUGCGUUACCUUACUGUGUUUUCAUUUGACACUCCUGUCCUACGUUUGGGACACACACAGUGGAGUUUUGUAAUCAUCGGAACUGUGAAUAAUAAGUCUCAUAUCAAGGUAAAUCAUUACCAGUAGUACCUGUGGGAUAUUACACACAUGUUAGCCUAUCUUCAUUUCUUGGUACUUUCACCUAUGGCAGCUAUAUCCCAUUCAUGUUGACUCCAGAAUAAAGCAAUGAUUCAAACAUUU